AUGGGCGUGGUCGGAAAGACGGAGUGGCAGAAUCUCAACAGCAAGCUUCGUCCACUCAUAAAGAAGACUCUCUACCUACCAACAGGGGCCACCAAUGACUACAUCCAUGGCAGCAGGGUCGCCGGAGCCUGUGACAUACCCGUGGCUCCAGAACUCAGCGACCUCUGCAGAAUGGACAGUGCGUUCAAGCUGCUGACAUCCAAGGAUGCAGAGAUACAAGAGAUGGCAAGGACAGCGGCCCAACGCACUGUUGAAGGGAGACUAAGACGUCCAGCUACCUCACGAGACAUCGCAGACUACCUAUCCGGGAAUGGAGAGGGCGACUUCAGGGCUCCGGCAACACAACUAAGGAGCGUAUGGACGGAGGCCAGAAAAGCAUCCCAGAGAAUGGAAGUGACAUGGGAGCUCCAAGACGAAGGCCCCUACAUCACGUGCGGAGAAGUGUCUCUCUCUCCCACGCAGCGCAAACGACUCCUCGUCUCCCUCCGCCAGCAACUCAGCAAGAGUCGAGCCCAAAAACUCCAGAGCCUCCCAAACCAAGGCAAAGUAAUGGAGUGCGUCGCCGCGGAUCCCGCAAGUUCCCAUUUCAUCCGCACUGGCGCCUUCACUUCGUUUGCUGAUUGGAGGUUCGUGCAUAAGGCCCGACUCAACCUUCUGCCGCUGAAUGGGGCACGACCGUGGCAGUCAAACCGUGACAAAAGGUGCAGAAGAUGUGGUUUUGAGAGCGAAACCUUAGCCCACGUCAUCUGCCACUGCAUGAGGCAGAGCACCGCCAUGACAGGGAGACACAACGGGGUGGUGGAACGCAUCAAGAAGGCAGCCUCCGGCAGGUUCAGCAUUAUGUUCGAAAACCAGCCAGUGGGAGGUACUGGGCUCCGACCAGACCUCAUCCUGCAGGAAGGCGAAGAAGCCAUUAUAGUCGACGUAUGCUGCCCCUUCGAGAACCGCAUGGAGCCACUCCAACACGCCCGUGAAGCGAAAAUACCAGCCUGUGAAAGAAAACCUGCAGAGACGGUUUCAACGCAUCUCGGUCGAGGCUGUCGUAGUUGGUGCCCUUGGAUCUUGGGACCCUGCCAAUGA